AUCCGAGCUAUAUAAGUAAGGUGUUAUGUGCGUCCUAGGAGAUAUUUUGAAGCAAUAUCGCGCACAAACAUUUUGUACUCUUUGAAUGAGACGUUGAGAACGAGCCAGAAGGCAUGGGCCAUAUGCAGUGAGACAAUAAUUAAUUUUGGAUAAAACCAAGGAUUCACAGAGUCUCAAUCGAAGGUCGACACUGAGGAAGUUGCGGAUAUUAUAUAAAAGUUUUAAGCGAUAUAAACAGUUUCGAACAGUUUCUACCACGUGAUUUUCAAACUGCAGAUUUGUGUCAAACAAAAGUCCUAGAUUUCUUGCUUUAUCGACACGAUCAACCCUUACAUCAUUUACCAGUAUAAUUGGAUUUUUACUAAUAAUAGCAUUUGCCUGUUUUCGAGACCCGAGCACCAAUACUUGAGUUGCGGUCCGGUACGCCCGUCUGUUAGUGCUUUAAGGCAGAGGCCUCUCCUCUCCUCUAGGACCUUUUGACGGGUAUAGGAAUACUACGAAUUAUAAAAGCGCUACUGGUGCGUGCGUGUUUCGUGCGUACGUAGAGGCAUUUAAAUAAAUAAAAAACCGGGCAAGUGCGAGUCGGACUCGCGCACCUUCCCCCGCAAAAAUCGGCAGACUGUUUUGUACAGAAAAUUACAGUCAAGGCGUCUCCAGUCUUUAAAUCCUCCAAGCCUCCACGCAUUCCUGAUAAAAAAAGGGGUCUUGAGUCUUGACAGACAGACAGACGGACAACGAAGUGAUCCUAUAAGGGUUCCUUUUUUCCUUUCGAGGUUCUGAGGGCCUACUGUGAACCACGUUCGACGUGUUGCCUCUCUGUCACACUUACGUACAAAUAAUUAUGUCUUAGUGAGAGUAUAAGACAAAGAUCCCCGCAAUUUGCGAAUUUCUGUUUUCUGUGUUCAUUUAGUUCUGUGGGCUAGCUACGCUACUCUUUAGUUGUCCAGAUCCAGAUGAACGAAAAAAAAAGCUAUUAUUUAGCUUAGUGACAGACGUCAAACUCAAACGUCAAAAAUGGCGGACACAGUACAGUAGUAGUCUAGUAGUACAUUUAUGUCAGUGAUCUCACCAAACUUCGGUCUCCGUUGUUUAUAUUGCCAAAGUGAUAAUGUUGGCAGAUUGUGAUGAUUGAAGAUUUAUUUCUGUACAAAAUGUAAUUAGAUCUCACUGUAACCCAUGAGGAAAUGUCCAACCUUGUCUCAUUUUGUGGCAACUGGCAGGAGCAUGCACAAAGCCGUGACGAGUGGCCGAAGACAGGGGAGGCCUUUGCCCAGCAGUGGGACACAAUGUAGGCUAUUAAAAAAAAAGUAACCCAUAUAAACACUUUCUCUAAGCAACUGAGUAGUGAGGGCUAGGAACAAACUCAAUAUGUGCUUUCAGCACAAAAAGUGAACAGUUUAAAAUAAAUUGUCAAAAACUCAAGAUGAUUAUUGUAUUUAGGCUAUAUCAGUUGUCAUAACUGUCUGCCUAUUGAAUAAUAACAAUAAUCAAUGGGGUAAAUUGACAAACGUCUGGCAGCUUUGUGACAUGUUUAUACAGUUUGUGCUAUAAUACUAUUAUUACUUGUCUUCUUGUUGUUGUAUUGUAAAUGCAGCAUACAAGUAUAAUUGUGACUAUUGUGAGUGUCCAAAUUGAAUACUAAAAGCUGUUGUUGCUAGGUGACUGGAAUGAACUAUUUAUAUAAAAUAAAUCCUAUUGCCCCAUUUGUUAAAUAAGUUAUCAUGUAAUAUUGUUAAAUUUUCUAUAGUCUUUCACCAUUUGGUUUUUUAAUUGUCCUGCAGCAACAUGCUUCUUGGCCACUAUGUGCUCUGGAUCAUCUGGUAGUAACUGAUCGUCAGACUUUUUAUGGUUUGGCUGCUAUGAGGUCCACCCCCUGCCCCGCUGGUGCCUUUCCGAGUUUUCAACCCUUUGUAUUUGCCAGAUUCAAAAUAAGUGAAUUUUGUUGCCACUAUGGUUGUUUUAUUAUGAGUAUUCUUCUAGAUCUUAGUCACUUUAGUUGGAGUAAAAUAAAUAAAUAAUGGGUGAAAAUAUUACAAAAUACUUAACCUAGGAUCUUAAUUCUAAUAUCAUUUUUUGUGAGAUAACUCACCAGAACCCUUAGGAGGUAAAGGCCUUUUCCAGAACCCUCCACUUGUUUCUGUAUGGGCCUCCCACAUCCAGCUGGCCCCUGCCAGUUUCCUUAUGUCAUCUGACCAGCGUGCCAGUGGCCGUCCAUUAGUCCUCUUACCAAUGGGCCUUUUCCAGGCUGUCACUUCCAUCAGGUUGUCAGGUCCAUCUUCCGUCUUGUAAUCUAGCGACAUGGCCAGCCCAUGUCUAUUUUUGUUUCUGGGCCUGGCUUAAUGUGUCUAUAAUUUUUGUCAUGUCUCUAAUUUUGGAGUGCCUAAUCUUCUGUACUUUUCUUAGUUUUAACAGUUUUAGUUGGAGUAAGCAAUUCAAAUGCACAAUGCAUGUAGUUUGCUGAAUCUGGUGCAUUUGAAGAGCCAGCACCUAUGUCCUGUUGGUUUAUGAGAGUAGGUAGAGUAUAGGAAUGGGCUUGAUGGGCAACAUACUCUGUCAAGGAGUUUUUUCAGAAUUGGGUUUAAAAAGCAAAUCACAAAUUGCCUAAAAAAAGACUGUUCAAUACACACAAUACAAAAAAAACGGAUUUGAGCAGUGUGAUCUGUGUUGGUUUUAUGGCUUAAUUUAAUCUAAAAGUGCCUGUGUGUGUUGUGGAAAAGGAUUGAUUUAAGUACCUAAAAUUGAAUUUAAUAAUUUCAUGACGUUUUAUUAUUACCAAUGCCAUACCUUAGAGACUAGAAUAAUUAUCCUUUCUUUUUUUUAAAUUAAAUAAUGGUUGUAUUAUGUUAGUUUCGAUUUAUUGGAAUUACCGACGAAAUCAGAGCACAUACGUAGAUUUCAAAUAUUUAGGCGGCCAAAAAAUUUUUUUCUGGAAAAUAGCUAUACGUACAAUAGGAAAUUAAAAUAAACUCUUGAUCCGAAAAAAAUAUAAUUAUUGAUUAUGCAACAUAUUUACAUCGAUAAAAUACAAAAAAUAAAAAUUAUUUUUUAAAUUACCAACAAAAUAAAAACGUCGUAUGAAUUAUUAGUUACAAGCAUAAAUAUGGUAAAAUAUCAUAUAUAUCUAUAUCUUAAAUAUAUACUUAUUACAAAUAAAACUACUUAAACACAUAUUUUACUUUGAGAGAAUUCAAAGAUUAUUGGCUAUCUCUAGAAGUAUUUGGUUUGGCAGCCAUCAACAUUUCUAUAGUUUCAGGUAGGAAUGCUUUGUGACAAGGUUUCUUGAUUUGUCUGCUUGAGCUGAUCAGGGGGUCUGAUGUUAAUAAAAGCCUAUUAAAUACAUCUAAAUUGCAUUCCUUUCUAGAAAACUUCCUUGCAAAGUUAAGUCUGUACGAUCGAAAAUGCUUGUUCCGGGCUUCUGCUGUCUCCUCAGAUAACUGGCCAAUAGGAAGUAACGAGUGACUUAUGAUUUGUCCACCAUGCAUCAGUAUUUUGUGCAUCGUCGGCGUCAUUGGAUGCCAUCCAUACAGGUCCACGUACAAUUUCGCAGUAUCAUAUGCGUAUUGAUCAUAUUUUGCGACAUCAAUUUCAUGACCACUUGAAAUAGUUUCCAAUAUAACUUUGAGUCUGUAGAUAAGCUCAAAGCUAAUUCCUGUGACCUCAGAUGCCAGUUCAGGGUUUUCGAAGAAUCUCCUGCUUGUGUUGCCAUCAUUAGUAUUGCCAAAGUCAGCCUUCGGCAUAUCUAUGUGAAGUCCAGUUUCAUUGUGAAAUCUGACUUGGAUUUCGGACUUUCGUUGUGCUUCCAAUGCCUUUUCUUCUGUGGUUUUCCUCUGUCUGUAUUUCUGCACAGGUAACUUAUAUGCCAAAUGGAGUAUGCUUUCUAAAAACCGAAUUCUAGCAUGUAAUACUGAUAAUCCAAAUUCUAGAGCUUCGGAGCUCACAUCAUUCCUCUUGUUUAAAUCGUUGAAACUUUUCGAAGUAGCUCCACAGAUGUAGCACUUCGAAGUUGAUUUCGUGUCCGUGGCCGCGUUACACACCUUUCCGUCUACCAUUGUCAUUUUUAGCAUAUGACCAAACUGAUACUCCUGGUUUUUUAAAAUGACUCGUAUUAUUGAGCAGCUUAACUGACUCUUGCACAUAAUUUAUCUCGUCCUUUGUCACAUCUGUAGACUCUUUUGCAUACCGAAAUCGGAUAGGAUGGCAAAAUCGUGAAGAGGAUGGCGUUGGGUUUUGCCAUAUUACAUUUUUGUUUUCCUCUCCACAAACAAUGCGUAACGGCACAAAAGAACUCAAGAAAAUGUUUCCAUCUGAGUCAGUGUCAUUCUCAAAUUUUUGUUUAAACUUGGAUUGCUGAGAGCCGUCACAACCCCAUUUACAGAUAAUCGUUAACGACUUCCUUUCUUCUUCAUUCAGCGUAAUUAGCACCUCUUCCAGGAAUAUUGAUAGGCGUGUCACAGUAAGGUCCAUUAAGCAUUGUAAGUUGCUCUCUGCCGAAGUAUCUGUGACAUUCAUGGAUUCUUCUGGUGGAUAACAUUCUUGUUUCGCCUUUAGCAACAAGUCGUAGCAAGGGAAAUGUUUUGGGUUUGUUGCUCUUAUUAUGUCAUAUUGCCGUCUUGAAAGAUCAGCUUCCACGAACAUCUGAAGUGCUUGCAGAGGCGUCAGUGGAGGUAACAUGUCGUCGUCGUUAUUCACUUUAGAAUAGGCUCGUGUCGGCGAAUUAGUAAUUUCUUUGAGAACUUUUGAAGCAUUCCUUUGCCCAGUGUUUUGUAAAACAGAUUGUGCGGCAUGGAUGAUGACGUCAUGCUUCAAAGUCGCGCGGACUUCUUCCGUUUUUCUUCUUUUGCUUCGCUCACUUAAAUCUUCGAAAGAUUUUGCUGGCCUACCUUGACGAGAGGCCGAUUCUAUCGGAAUCUCGAAAGUUCCUUCUAACCAAUCUCGGUUGUUUUUUAGGAAAACUUCUUCGUGUUUACUGGCUUUCAUCCAUCUUUUCAUGAAUUCGGUCUUGAUAUAAGAAUACCUUUGCUUCAAACACUUUUUAGCAUUUUCGGUGUCUCCAUAACGUAUCAAAAGAAAAUCUUCAUACGAAUCGAGUUUUCCCCUAAAACUUGGUAAAUUUUGUGUUUGUACCUGUUGAAACAGGUACUUCCGAGUCACUAUUUUAGUACCCGAGGUACCAGACGGACCUAAAACAAAAAAUAAUUAGAUUUAAUACAAUUUAGCACUAACGUGGUAUUUUUCUCAAUUUCGACCCCUAAGAUUCAAAUGCUCUUAUUUGGGAAACGCGCGGGUUUCCGCGGCUAAUUUUUUACUGGUAUGAUAGAAAAAUAAGUAAAGUAUAGAAAAAUAAAGAAAACAUUGCUCGGACGGACCCUUAAGUUAGUUAAAAGACAUAUUUAAUUGUAAGAAACACAAAAAAACUGACUUAUUGAUAGAGCUAUCUUUGAAAAAUUAAAAGUUUAUCAAAGGCAGUAGAAACUAAAAAAGUUACUAUUAAAAAACAUAGGUUCUUACCUGAAUUACUGCAAUCCAUCACUGACACUCGAAAAUAAGUAGUUAAAAAACAAAUAUGAAUUUUACAAAAGUUGUAAGUUUAGGAGCGCCGAGAACAGACACGUACACGUUAAGCGACUAUCGAAUUCCGACUACCUGAGGGAAGCUCUUGCGCAUCUACGAAGGGUGGGAGGGGGUGCCCAUUGUAUUCCCGGAACUGUUUACUACCUGAGUAAAUGGUUAUCUUAUCAUUAAGCUAUGUUUACAUUUGUCUGUCGUGUCGUGUUGUGAUGCUCUCUGACGUGACGGCUACUGUUCACAUUAAUAUGACGUGUUAUGAUGCAUUCUGACGCAAUUUUUUGUCAGUUCGUUCUCAGCACUCGGAUAGCUCACACGUUCACAAUGUUUUUUCAAGAAUCAUCCGAUUCAGAUUCCGAUUUUGAAGAUGAAUUGCAAUUGUUGGCGCUGGCUACGCUUCUUACAAAAGAAAAAAAGAGAAGGAGGUAUUGGAUUCAUCCUGUAAAUAGAAAAAGAGAGAGUAAAGGCGAGUUUCAUACUCUCGUUAAAGAGCUUGAAAGUGAUCCUGAAAGAUUUCAUCAGUAUUUUAGAAUGUCGAAGGCACAGUUUGAAAAAAUUCAUAGUUUGAUUGCAGAAGACAUCAAAAAAAUACAGAGGAAAUUUCGCAAGCCUAUUGGUACAAAAGAAAGACUUGGAGUAUGUUUAAGAUUUUUGGCAACCGGAAACUCAUUCCGGUCAAUGGCGUUCAGCUUUCGCAUGGGUGUUUCUACAUUAAAAAUCAUAGUCGAAGAAGUAUGUACUGCAAUAUGGAAGAAUUUGUCACCUAUUGUUAUGCCCAAACCUACAGAACAAAUAUGGAAAGAGAUUGCAACUGGAUUUGAAAAAAUAUGGCAGUUCCCGAAUUGUCUUGGAGCACUGGACGGAAAGCACGUUACUAUAAUAUGCCCAAUAAAUGCCGGCUCAACUUAUUUUAACUAUAAAAAUGAGCAUUCUAUUGUGUUGCUAGCACUUGUCGACGCCCAUUACAGAUUUAUUAUGGUGGACGUAGGGGCGUAUGGGAGAAAUAGUGAUGGUGGUAUAUACCAGGAGUCAUUAAUGGGGACAAUGUUUAAAAAUAAUGAGUUGAAUGUACCACCGAAUCGACCGUUAAGACAAAAUACUGAACCUUUGCCAUACACUAUUGUGGCAGAUGCGGCAUUUCCAUUGAAACCUUAUUUGUUAAAGCCGUACAGUAAAGUGAAAUUAGUAAACAAUGAUCCAAACAAAAUUUUUAAUUACCGUUUAUCGCGUGCUCGCCGCACAGUCGAAAAUGCAUUCGGAAUAUUACGAGCGAGAUUUAGAGUGUUUCAAGGACCUUUACAGGUACAACCGUAUAUGGCGGACAAGAUUGUACUUGCAGCUUGCUGCCUUCAUAAUGUAUUAACUCGUGACACGCAAGAAAAUGAAGAAAUAUUAACGGACGAAAUCGAUUGCAACAGUACAUGCUUCGGGAAUAUCCGCCCUGCCUAUAGGAAUCCGUCCCAAGAAGCUGUCCAAGUUCGCGAAACAUAUAAAAACUAUUUCAUGAGUGCAGAGGGACAAGUUCCAUGGCAAAUCCAAGCUAUUAGACAAGGUAGAACUCGGUAUAAUUAAAUAAAAACACGUUACUUACGAGGUUGUUUCAUUUUUUCUCCUAUUUCCUCCCAGAUAGCUGUUCUAAUAGCUUGAUCCUUAUAUUCUUUACGUUUUGAAUCAUAAAUGGUUUCGUAUUGCCGUACGUAUUCAAUGAGCAGUUCGCCAUCCAUACUUGCUGCUCUGACGCGUACACAAGACUGGCGCUGGCGCGUUCACACUAGCCAAACAAGCUGUGACGUGUCGCUGCCCCGCCCCCCGUACCUCACCCGCUCUGACGCGGACCGGGAUCGCUUGUGUCGCGACACAACACAAGCCGUCACAACACAGUGCAUCAGAUAAAUCUGAAUGCAACGAUAUUAAAUGGUUGAAACCGAUACCGUUCUGAUGCGUCACAACACAACACAACAGACAAAUAUAAA